UAAUAUUUUGAAAAUAUUUGAUAUAAUAAAUCUAAUAAAACUUUUUUUUGUAUGUAAUGUGUCAUGCCAAAAAAGUCCAUAUUUUGGUGUCUUUUCCACAUGUUCAAAUGCGGUGGAUUACCGUUUUAUUUCCUUCAAACUUAAGGCAUUACGGUGCAAAUUAAGUUCCUAACCGAAGAUGGCUACCACCACCGCUAUCGCCGGAGAAAAUGGCGGCUCAGAGCCGCAAUCAGCUCUGAUCUUCCUUGGCACCGGCUGUUCCAGCGCCGUUCCUAAUGCUCUCUGCUUGAUCCGACCCUCCGAUCCUCCUUGCCCGGUCUGCUCCCAAUCGCUCUCCAUUCCACCUGAACAGAACCCUAAUUACAGAUGCAAUACAUCACUUUUGAUUGAUUAUUCUUUAGGGAAUGGUGAGCACAAGUAUAUACUAAUUGAUGUUGGGAAGACUUUCAGGGAACAAGUGCUUCGCUGGUUCCCUCGUCAUAAAAUUCCUCGGGUUGAUUCAAUAAUUUUGACUCACGAGCAUGCUGAUGCAGUUCUUGGUUUGGAUGAUAUACGUGCAGUUCAACCAUUUAGUCCAACAAAUGAGAUUGAUCCUACACCAAUUUAUCUCAAUCAACAUGCGAUGGAUAGUCUUGCUGUGAAGUUCCCAUACUUGGUUCAAAAGAAACUCAAGGCUGGUCAGGAAGUUAGGCGUGUAGCACAACUUGAUUGGCAGAUUAUUGAGAAUGAUUGUAAGAAGCCAUUUGUUGCAUCGGGACUAGAAUUUAUUCCACUUCCAGUGAUGCAUGGGGAAGACUAUGUAUGCUUAGGCUUUCUUUUUGGUGGAAAAUGUAGAGUUGCAUAUAUAUCUGAUGUCUCACGCUUUCUUCCAAGUACAGAGUUUUAUAUCUCAAGAGAUAGCUGUCAGCAGUUGGAUCUGCUUAUCUUGGAUAACCUUUACAAGACAGGGUCCCACAAUGUUCACCUGUGCUUCCCUCAGACCCUUGAAGCUAUUAAAAGACUAUGCCCAAAGAGGGCCUUGUUAAUAGGGAUGACACAUGACUUUGAUCAUCUCAAAGACAACACGUUCCUAAUGGAAUGGUCCAAAAGGGAAGGAAUACAAGUUCAGUUGGCAUAUGAUGGGUUAAGGGUGCCCAUUGAACUAUAAAGAGCUACUCUGUAUCAUUGAACAAUUUUCUUGCAGAUUUACCAUAAACCGUGAAGUUCAGAUCGCUCAUUUGAGCCCUCCCCCCCACCCAUUUUUGUUUCAAAACAUUCACCAGCAUAAACCAUGAAGUUGGAUGUCCAUUGUUGUACCAGUAUUGUGAAUCCUGAUUUGGGACUGUACGCAAAUAUAGAAAAAUGGUGACGAGGAAACAAAGAGACAAUCAGAGG